UUGGAAGUCGUCCAGGGGGUUUUGAUGACAAGUCAAGCAGGCGCGGGCCAGGCGCGGCACAGCAUGUGUGCGCACAAGACACGAUGGAAAUGUGUCGUCGCGCCUGGGAAGUGGCUCCACCAGACCCCCAGCAGCUUUGCAGCAAGGAGACUUGCUUCUUGUUGUUGCCCCGCAACACUCAACUGUCGGGCGUGUCCUGCCGCGGCAAGCAGAGUGCCGGCGGCACCAACGGCACGAAGUCGUGCCUGCGCCAUUGCCGCCUCCGUGAUCGCCGCUGAACUCCCCGUGGAUCCUCCCUCGCCGUCCAGUCCAUCCCGUGGAGACGUACGGGGCAGAUCUGUGCCAGCCAACGCAGCGGCCACCGCACCACCGGUGCCGCCGCCGCUGUCGCAGCUGCCGGAGCCCCUGGCAGCGGACGCCAUCCCGCCGCUGCUGCAGUGGGCGCCACGGGCUCAGCUGCGGCCCGUAGCGGUGCGGUUCAUAUUAGACCAACACUGCAGCAGCGCUGUCCUCGAGGUCGUGUCUGCUGCAGCACGGCUGGCGGAGACCCCCGCGCCUGAGCCUGGGCCGGCGGCGCCGCGCCGUGCAGUGGUGACGGCUGCGGACCUGGCGGCGGCGGUGCUGGCGGCGGCACACCCCGACUGCGCGGCAGCGGCUGGGGUCCUGCAUUACACGUGCGGAAUGCCACUGCUGCAAUGCGAAGCGCUGCUGGCAGGGCGCGCGGCGGCGGAGCGUGACCGGGAGGUGGCGCGGCGCGGCAGCAGGGAAGUCGGCUGUAGCAGUUGCAGUGGCACUGGCAGCGGCGGCGGCGAGACUGUCGCUUUCACUUCCGGGGCGCUGCACUUCCUUUCGGAGGCGUACCGCUGGAGCGUCUUCACAGGCUUUGACGCCGUGCAGCCCUGCCACCUGCUGUGGGCGCUGGCGGCAGACCCCCGCGCCAGCUACAGCCGCGGCCGCACCGACCCGCUGGACGGCGGAGUGGUGGCGUGGUCGGAGUGGGAGCCGCCGCUGGUGGGGCUGCUGGAGGCGGCGGCGCAGUGGCCGGCGCCGGCCUAUGAGCAGCUGCUGGGUGUGUUGCGGCGCUCGCUCGCCGCCGCACAGCGCCUCGCCGGAGAGCCGCAGGCCGCCUGGCAGCGGCAGCGAGAGCGCCGGGUGGGCUGGCCGCAGCCUGCCGGCACUGGCGGCGUCGGUGGCCCUGCAGCUGCAGCUGCCGCUGUGGGUCCGCUGCGGCGGGAGGCGGAGCUGCUGGUGGGCGGCGACGAGGCCGCGCUGGCGCUGCUGCAACGGCUGGCGACGCCGGCCGACGUGUGCAGCUAUCUAGCCGAGUGCCGGGGACGCGGCGCCGUGCCCAGCCGCAGGCAGCUCAUUGCCCUGGACAGGCUGCUGGUCAUUGCCUCCGCCUCCGCAUCUGCGUCCGCACCGGCUCCCAGCAGCUCGGCCUCGGGAGGGCCGCACCCCGAGGCAGCAGCGAUACCGUGGGCGCUGGUGGCGCAGACGCUGGUGGGGGUGGCGGCUCUGGGCUUCCAGCUGUCCAUUGAGGCGCUGGGGACACUGCGGAGGGCCGCCGGCCCGCCGCCGGCGCCGCCGCCCGAGUGCAACAGCCACACCCGCCUGCUCACGACGCCCAGCCGUGCUGCUUCAGUAGCAUCAGGUGCCGCGCCGCCACCGCAGCAAGAGCAGCAGCCGACGGUGCCAUUCCUGUGUGAGCUGGCGCUGGCCGGCCGCUUCCACUUCAGCCCCGCCUUCGAGGUGUUCACGCCCAUCACCGAGCUACCAUGGGCGGCUGUGGCCGCUGCCGGCAGCAGUGGCGGUAGCAAUAGCAGCACCCCUAGCUACAGCAGUAGCAGCUAUGGCGUGGGAGCCCACAUCGCCGUGCACCAGCAGGGUGACGACGCUUCUGCAGCUGCAGCUCAGGCGCUGCUGUCUGUGUGUGACGUCAUGCCCGGCGUCAACUGGCAACGGGUGCUGGCGGGCGCACUGCCGGCCUGCUGGAUGGAGCACGUGGCUGCGCAUGUGCUGCUGCUGCGGAGGCGCCAGCGGGCCGGGCCGGAGGCGGCGGCGGAGGCAGAGGCGGAUGACGCGCACCUUGCCUACCUCGCGUCCCUGCCGGCACGGGUCUUCCAUCCGCAGGCUCCAGCCAACCUAUGGAGCGGUGAGGACCUGCUGGCGUGCCUGCCGCCCGAGCUCUUCAUCCGCCAGCGGCCGCUGCUGCCGCACGGCCAACACGGCUCGCCGCUGACGCUGCGGCAGGCGGUCAACCUGCUGCAGUCCUGCACCGCCCUGGUGGAGGCCCGAGGCAGUAGCGGCGGCGGCAGGAGCAAGACUGAUGGGCGGGGCAGCAGUAGCAGCAGCGCCAGCGGCAAAGGCAGUGCCGGGGCCAGCGGCCGCGCCAGCGGCGGCGCCAGCGCAAAUGAUACCAGUAGCAGCUACAGCGUCGCGGCGCUGUCGCAGCUCAUGUCGGAAGCUACUGCCGUGAUCGCCGCCGGCUGUAGCAGCGUGCACGCCAGCCGGCGGCUGCAGGUGGAGGUGGCGCAGGCGUACCGGGAGGCGGGUCUGCCGCUGCCUGAGGGCUGGCUGCGGCUGCUGGCGGCGUACCAGCACGUGGGCGCGGCGGCGGCCACAGCCAAGACGAUGGGGGUGGUGCUGGAGGCGGCGGCACACGUGGCCGAGGUGGCGGCGGCGCGGCUGCGGGCUCCGGACCCGGCUGCUGCUACCGCUACGGCUACUGCCACGUCUGAGGCCCGGGUGAGGGCGGGGGCCGCAGCAGAGCGUGGCGCAGCCAAGCAUGGCGGCACGGUGGCGGCUGAGGCGGCUGAAGCGCCGGUGACUGGCUGCGCGCUGCUACCGGCCUCCCUCCUGGUGGAGGACCUCGCGACGCUGGUGUCCGUGCAUGCGCAGUCGCCUGAGGGGCUGAUGCAGCUGGAUGACACCCGGCGGGUGCUGGGCGAUCUGGGUCGGCUGGCGGCGGCCGGGACGGAGGGCGGCACAGCGGCGGCAGCGUUGCGGCCGUGGGCUGACAGGCUGGUGGACGUGUGCUGGAAGGGGUGGGUGUUUGGCUGGAACCGUGAGGACUGGCCGGGGUCAGAAGACGAGCACGGGUGGCAGGACGAGGAUGAAGAGGCGCGCAGCUUGUGACAGGCGCCGGCGGUGCUGGCGUUUGGUGGAGGGGUGGGAGUGGGCUCGGCAAUCUUGGGACGUUGAUUGAGCACUCAUGAGCACUAGAGUACAAUACAUGCCGGCAUUGCGGAACAAUAGCAGGAUGCUGCUGCCAUGCGUUACCUGCAGAGCAUUAGGCAAGGGCAGCACAACUGCAUAGGAUAGUUGGACACGGGUGUGCAGUGAAGGCAGCGGGACACACGGCGAGUGCAUGUAUUGCGGUGCUGGCUACAGGGCACUGGCGGUACUGCGUAUAAGCAUGUGCUGAUGGUAUGAUGUUGAUGCCUGUUGACGCUGCGACCAGUACAGCGAGUCAGAAAGUCAAUCAGUAGCUAGUCAAAACAACUAGGCCAUUGGCAUUCGUGACUAACGAUGAAGGUAUACGGCUCAGAGUCCCAGGGGGCACGGCUUUCCCUGGGAGUGGGACCUGCUUGGCCGGAGGCGGCGCUGUGAGCCUCAGAGUGCAGCCGUACAGACUAUGAGUGUAUUAUGUGCUAACGCAUUUCUGCCCGGGGCGCCGGGUGCUGUGACGUGUGUGUCUGGCAAAGCAGCAGCCCCUCAACAGAACCCAACCCAGAGUCCCAGACCAGCGCUACGUGCUGACCAUAAUCGUGCCCUAGGCAGCACAAACACACAUAACCAUCAGCAGAUUAGAGGUUUCCGGCAUCGGGGUGGGGACCUGGCGGGUGCGCCGGGAGCCCGGGACUUUGCGGGACCUGCUCGACGAUCGAUUCACCGUGGCAGGGCAUGAAUAGCGAUGAAGGGCGCCGAUGGCGGGAAACGUCCAGGGUAUA